AAGAAAGUGUUUGCAAAUAAAUAUGUGAAAUCAUCGAUUGGAAUUUAUCAUGAGCAAUUGUUACUGGGGAACCUUUUAAAAAAUCUCUGAUAAAAAGAGAUCUCGUAUGAAAAUCUCUGCUUUGAUCUACUUAGUAAAAUAUGGCGGCGGCAGCAGCUAGUGGUUGGUUACUAAAUUUUUCUUCAACAUACAUAAGGCAUGUGACAUGCCUUAAUUUUUGUCCCGUUGGCUUUUUACAAGCACGAAAUUAUGCUGCUAGAAAAGGUACAAGAGAAAAAGCGAGGAAGAAAAAGAUCAAAGUGGUUGUUGAAAAAGUCGGUUUUAUACCACACAACCGGAGAAAAACACGAAUUGCAGCUAAAAGAAACAAGUUGAACAAGGAGAAUAUUAUAUUGGAUGAUAGUAAAAAACCAGAUCCAAUAGAUAAUGUCUGGAUUGGGCAAUUUCAUAAAUGGAAAAUUUAUUCAUUAGAAGAAGCAAUACAGAAUCAUCGUGAAACACAUCAUCCUACUAUGUACAAUUUACCAAAUGCACCUAUAAAAGCAUUUAUAGAAUUGGACAUGCAGGGUACAAAAAAGACAAAAUUUGUUGAUGCUUUCUCGAAAAUAGCAUGUUUGCCACAUUCAUUUGAUCAUGGUCAAUCCAGAAAAAUAUUGGCAUUUUGUAAGACGCCUGAAGUGCAGGAAAUAGCAAGAGCAGCUGGAGCUCAGUGUGCUGGUGGUAAAGAAUUAAUAAAACAGAUUCAGAACGGAGAAUUUGCACUGAAAGAAUAUGAUAUUAUCGUGUCAGAGCCAAGCAUCUUACCUGAUCUGUUGCUAAUUAGAGGGCUGAUGAGAAAGAAGUUUCCCGGCACUAAAUUGGGUACUCUAAGUUCUGAUAUGAAUAUGCUUGUAACGAAAUUUUUAACCGGAAUAAAAUAUACAGCAAAGCCACAUGAUUUCCUAAAAUCUUAUGGCACUAUUGAUGUUACAUUUGGAAUGCUCGAUAUGGAUACAAAGCAGUUGGAGGAGAAUUUUGUUGCCAUUAUUAAGGAUGUUAAUACUGCAAAGCCACGUCGACCAGAACCUUUUAUCACAAGAAUUCGUAUUUCGUGUGCGCCAGCAACAGAAAUGUUUAAAGUUGACUUUGAGCAAUAUCUAUCUAAAGAUAAUACGUUUAAAAAAGGAGAAGAAGAAGAAGAAGACGAAAGCGAAAAUGAAAAGCCGGAUGCUGUUAUUGCAUCUCAUUAAUUUUGUUUAUAGGGUGCAACGAACGAGGAGAAAGAAAGGGAGAGAGAGAGAGAGAGUAAGAGACAGCGAUUUCAAGUUUUCUUCUCACCGUCUACCGCUCCGAUUGCCUCCUUCGUAGACAUGCCCCUGCUUGACGGCCAACAAUUGCGGCAUUAGGUGACAUACAGGCGCACACGUGCACCAGUCAUG